AGUCACCUGGGCCCUCUCCCCCUCUCUCUCUCUCUCUGUCUGUGGACUGAUUGAUCUUCUUCAAUGACAUUAUUCUUCCACAGUCUACUACAAAUUUGUUUUACGAGACCGAUGGAGUAAUGGCUACCAUAAUGUAAAAAUUGAUGAUCAUUUUUGUUGGGUUUUCUUGAAAAGGAGUUGAUUUUUUUUCGUAUGUUUGGGAUGCAUAUAGAAGUAAACUCAUUUUCUCUCUCUAUCUUUCAAAACUUUAUUCUUUCCUUUUUGUGCUGAUGUCUCUAGCUGGGUAGGCGUUUAGUGCUUUGGUUCCUUCGUAGGGUGGGUGUUUUUGGGUCUAAAUUGGGGCAGUUAUGGUGAGAAAACACGGAUGGCAACUACCUGCUCACACCUUUCAGGUUGUUGCAAUUACUGUAUUCUGCUUGUUAGUGGUUGCAUUCUAUGCUUUCUUCGCUCCUUUCCUCGGAGGCCGUACAUGGGAGUACAUUCUGGUUGCCACUUACUCUCCAGUGGCACUCCUUGUUUUCAUUCUUUAUGUACGUUGUACUGCAAUUAACCCAGCAGAUCCUGGCAUUAUGUCUAAAUUUGAUCCUGCGGUAACAAAUGAACUCAAUACUAAUAACCGGUUAUCUGUGAAAGACCUAUCUAGAAAGUUUGAUGAAAUUGCAAGCAGGGAGCAUCUUUCAUCUCCAUCAUCAGCUUCCAGAAGUUCUAUUGCUGGGGCUAACUCUAGUAAGAAAGGUUCUAUAAAUGAAAUUCGGGAAGUGAAUAUACCCCCUGGACCAACAAGCAGAAAUUCCUGUUCUAAAAUUGAAGGAAUCUUCUGUGCAUUGUUUGUACAUGAAGAUUGCCGCAAACAGGAAGGGGCAGCCGAGGAGCAGGGAACCGGUGAAGAUGCUUUGUUCUGCACAUUGUGCAAUGCUGAGGUUCGCAAGUUUAGCAAACACUGUAGAAGUUGCGAUAAAUGUGUGGAUGGUUUUGAUCACCACUGCCGGUGGCUUAACAAUUGUGUGGGGCACAAAAAUUAUGCAACUUUUAUUGCUCUCAUGGCCAUUAGUCUUCUUUGGCUUGUUAUUGAAGCUGGAGUUGGUACUGCUGUUCUAGUGCUUUGCUUUGUUCACAAGAAAAGCAUGGAGGCUGAAAUCAUUGAUCGGCUUGGAAAUGGUUUCACUCGUCCCCUUGCAACAGUUGUGGCUGUAUGUACUGUAGUUUCCAUGCUGGCAUGUCUACCUUUGGGUGAAUUGUUCUUCUUUCACAUUCUUUUAAUUAGAAAGGGUAUUACAACCUAUGAGUUUGUUGUGGCAAUGAGAGCCAUGAGUGAGCCACAGGGAGGGGUGUCUAUUGAUGAGGGGCUGGCAAAUAUAAUUUACUCCCCAUCGGGGUCUGCUACAACUGGUUUGAGCGGCGGAAGUUCCCUGGGUCCCCAAUACAAGGGGGCUUGGUGUACCCCUCCUAGGGUAUUUGUGGACUAUCAGGACGAAGUUGUGCCUCACUUGGAGCCUGGAAUGGUUCCAUCAACUGUAGAUCCGGAUGCAACUGGAAUUGCAGAAGGACCACCAAAGUUACCCAAAAGGCCUGUCCGUAUCAGUGCCUGGAAGCUUGCAAAGUUAGAUUCUAAUGAAGCCAUGAGAGCAGCAGCCAAAGCCAGGGCAUCGUCCUCUGUUCUACGGCCAGUUGAUAACUGCCAUUUACAGGAUCCAGAUUUAAGCUCCAGUGGCAACAUGAGCAUCAGAAGUAGUGUGAGCACUGAAAUGGGGUCAAAUAAAGAGAUAAAGAAUGUUAUGAGAUUAUCUUCCUUGAGGAAAUCUUUUGCUCCGAGCCAAGGUAGCCGGGAUGAGUAUGAAACAGGGACUCAAAGUGUGAGCAGCUUCAGCAGUCCAAGCCAUGUUCAUGAAGCGGUAACCCUUAGUCCUCUACCUCAAGGUCAUGGUUUGGGUCGUUUUAGUGCAGUUAGCUCUUUCCCAAACUUAGUUCACGAUCCUCCAUUAACAUCCAAGGCAUCUUUUGCAAAUGUCAACACCUCGACGUCCCAUCCUUUGGGAUCUGAUGAAAAGACCAUGCAGAAGGGGAGUACUGAUUCUUUACUGCUUUCAGCUCCAACUACUUCUAUUCUCAGAGAUGUUAAAAGGACAUCUGUUGUCUGGGACCAAGAAGCUGGGAGAUUCGUGUCAAUUCCAGUAUCAGCUUCAGAAGCUAGAAACAGAUCAUCCACACAAAUAGGAUUGCCAAGUUCUAGUGCAGAAACAAGCACUUAUAACAGAAGGCCCGUUUUUGCACCGCAAGAAUCUUCAUCUUCUGCAGUGAAGGCUCCAGUUCCACAAGCAGAGAAGCUGAUGUACACAGGAGACUCUAUAUUCUUUGGUGGUCCGCUUUUGAGUUUACCAGUAAGGGAAAAUUUGAAGAACGAACGAAUGUUGGGUUCUAGAGAGUGCCAAGAGAGAUUGGCCCUUAAUUUAUCUCGGGAGUCUAGAUUCAAAAGGGAUUCAGCGUCAAACCAGCUUCCUGUGUUUGUCCCAAUAAGUUUCGAGCAUAAGCCCCCAUCUGGCUCUGGUUCAUAGUAAGUAGCUUUAAGCCUAUGAUUGAACUUCUAACAAAAUGUACGUGCUACUUUUUUUCCAGUCAGGUGGGUUGGCUAGUGAAUGGACCGUGAAACUGAGGAAACUUCUGUCAGGAGCUGCUCUGAGACCCCCCCGGCCUCCAACGCAUUUUGAUUGGAACUGUUUGUGCAAACAUGAUUGUAUCAAGAUGUUCCAAGCAAAUUCUUGGAUACAAACUUCUCAAUUCGCAUCACUGGCUUAUAGUGAAGCUUGUUUCCUUUUA